UUAUAGAGCAUUUAAAUGGGAAUAAAAAAAAUUUAAUGGACUUUAUGAAGAGGAAUCAGAGGACUUUUCCUCUGCACCCUCCCCCACAAGCGCUAGUGGUGCUGGCCCCGCUCCAGCAAAGCCCGGCUCCUCGGUCGCCGCCGACGGGACCUGACUGGGGUCGAUUCAAGUCAUGCAGGUUGUAAGAAACGCGGGGUCUUGGCUCUUGCGGUCAUGGGCUUGGCCACCGACGACCAGGGUUGUGGCCGGGGCGCCGGCCCCCACCAUCCACAGUGGCGCCCAGCAGGUGCAAGACGCGGCGGCCAAGCAGGAAGCUGAGAAGGCGGCGGCUCCGACUCCGAGCAGCAGCAGCUUCAGCAUUUACCCUCCAAUUCCAGGACAAGAGAGCUCUCUGAGGUGGGCAGGAAAGAAGUUUGAGGAGAUCCCAAUCGCACACAUUAAAGCAUCCUACAACAACACACAGAUCCAGGUAGUCUCUGCUGCUAACCAGCCGCUUGCCCGCGCUUCCUGUGGCACGGAGGGGUUUCGGAAUGCCAAGAAGGGCACGGGCAUUGCAGCACAAACAGCAGGCAUAGCUGCCGCAGCGAAAGCUGCCGGGAAGGGAGUGACCCACAUCCGAGUUGUUGUGAAAGGCCUGGGGCCAGGGCGCUUGUCUGCCAUCAAGGGACUGACCAUGGGGGGCCUGGAAGUGAUCUCAAUCACAGACAACACCCCCAUCCCACACAACGGCUGCCGCCCCAGGAAGGCUCGGAGGCUGUGAUGGCAAGGGAGCCUGCGCCUGAACCUGACCUCAGUCGCGCCUCCUGCUGGACCUCAUGGAAAGCACACUGUCAGAGCCCUCCAGAUGAGGGCUUGUUGGAGAUCCUUCAGGCAGGAAGGGAGAGCUUUGCCUCCUUACGUGGUAGCCUUUGCUUGUUCCUUCCACUGGAGAUCCAUGCACCCAGAAGUGAGGCCGCGCCUCUCUUGGACACAAGGGGAGCUCCAGGGCAGCUGUGGCUCAGAUUCCAACCAGUAAAUGCCACCUCUGCACUGCAAAAAUAAAGAUAUCUCCACCAUCU